AUGAAGGAGCCGAAAAGAGGCGAGAUUUACGCAUAUCUCGGCGGACAAAUGAGUCCCGCUUUGACAGAAAUCCGAAGCCGUCCAGCUGCAAUCAAAUUCGGGGUUUCGGGACUGGACUUGAUGGAAAGUGGACAGUCAGCCCGGACGGCCGGUGAGAUGGCCGAAGCGGGCGGCCCUCGCCCAUUACCCAAUAAACCUGGAAACCAUUUUGGCGCCGCCGUCUUGAAAGAGCGCAAACAAUAA